UUAAACAAGUGCUUCCGGGUCUGGACUUCCUCUUUUUCGCUGCAUCGGGUCGCCAACAUGGUGAACGUCCCGAAGACGCGCAGGACUUACUGCAAAAAGUGCAAAAAGCACCAACCCCACAAAGUUACCCAGUACAAGAAGGGAAAGGAUUCCCUCUAUGCACAGGGCAAGAGGAGAUACGACCGCAAGCAGAGCGGCUACGGUGGCCAAACAAAGCCCAUCUUCCGUAAAAAGGCUAAAACAACAAAGAAGAUCGUGUUGAGGCUUGAGUGCGUGGAGCCCAACUGCAGAUCUAAGAGAAUGCUGGCCAUCAAAAGAUGCAAGCACUUUGAGUUGGGUGGUGACAAGAAGAGAAAGGGCCAGGUCAUCCAGUUCUAAGCUGUGGUUCUUCGUCGUUUUCAAUAAACGUGUUCAAAUUUACAA